CUGGUCAAAAAAAAAAAAAAAAAAAAAAAACUCAGUAGAAAAUGUUGCAUUGAAGCAACCAAUCAGCUUCUACAUCUCCUUUAAUGGAAAAUCUGCGUCAUACCUUCACCCAGUAAAACCUGUGAAACUGUCACGUAGAUCCAGAUCAGCAUCACUCAUGGAUGAAAUACAGAAGAUUCUGCUUGUUCUCUGUGGACUUAUUUCCUGGAGUCAUUGCUCCAUGCUGGAGAACAUUGUACAACCUGGAGACAACGUCACCAUCAACUGUGACUGCAAAGUGUCAACUGGAGUAUAUAUAGUUUGGUUCAGGAACUGUUCUCAUGAAUACCAACCUACUCUUGUACACAUACUUGGAGUGGAUAUAUAUGAUUUGGAAAACAAAUUUCCUCAAUUAAAAUUUUUAAAGAAUGAGACGUCCGACUCGUAUGACCUGGUAAUUAUAAAUGUCACAAAUUCUGAUGAGGGACUUUAUUACUGUGGAACAUUUGAACCAAAGGUGGAGAAUGACAAAAACAUAGCAAAAAGGAAUGGCAUUUACACCUAUGGUAACAUCACCACAAGGAUCACAUUGUAUUCCAUGCCUACUGAGAACUGUGGUGUGUGCUGGAAGCUGCUUAUUUCUCUGUGUCCUGCUGUGUUCAUUGUUUCAACCUUCUUCUCAUUUUUUGGUCCGCUCCUUUGCUGUAAAACAGCAGAAACGCCUCAAGAUAAGGAAAACAAAUGUGACUCCAUGAGACCAACACAGAAUACUGAGGGAAUCCAUGUGGCAUUUCCGAAACAAAAGAAGACAGUGGUCCACCGCUCAGACUUCAGGGAGUUUACUACUGUCAUGUACAAUGUGAGAGUUGAAGAUUAACAUGUACCAUUGGGUUGUGAUGAUCUGUAAGGAACUAUAGUUCAUAGCCCUCAUGACUUAAUAAGAAAGGAUGCUACUGACCAUCUGUACUAUUUUGUCAGGUUUGUUUAAAUUCUCUUUCUGUUGCAUUUGAAAUUACAUAAUUCAUUUAAAGAUAUUCUUUGCUGUUGUUUUUAUCCAGGCAUCAAACAUACAUUUUUACUUUGUAGUUAAAGUCAUAUAUGUUUAGCGAUACUUGUGGCUAUGGCCGAAGGAUAAUUCAACACCAAUAUUUAUCAACUGAUAGAUGUAUGGUGAGACUGAAUAAAAAGGGUAAAAAAACAAGUUCAAUAGAAUAACAGUUUUACUUUUUUUACAUCCUAGCCUAUCACGUAGGUUAAUAAUACAGUCAUUUAACCUCGCAACCAAUCACAAACACAGACCCUUGAAUGCUCUGGCACCAAGCUCUAACCCCUUCAAAGAGUUAAGAGCACACAUGUUCUCUUUAAAAACUUGCAGUUUAUGGUAACAAAAAAUGUUUUAAUAAAGGGUUGAGUUUG